ACCAGUUUCUGGAAGUAAGGAGAGAGGCAGCUACUACUUCUGGGCUGAAAGAAUUGACAAUGAAUGGAAAAUCACAAAAGCUGAACUAGAACUGAAGUCUAAACCAGAUGAAAGACUCAUUAUUGUAAAGCCAACUGAAGCGUAAAUAUGGACAAAUUUGUGGGCAAUUCAAAAGAGAAAUUCUUUUACCAUAAUACGCUUUUGUGCUUGGUUAAAGCAAUGCAGGGGAAAAACAUCUGUGUGGAUCUGCGCAAUGACUCUUAUGUGUGCGGUCUUGUGAAUGCUGUUGAUGGGUUUAUGAAUAUAUCUUUUGAAAAUGCCGUCUAUUGUGAUCCGCAAGGCAAUGAGUUUCAGUUUGAACACAUAUUCAUACAUGGACGGAACAUUAGAUAUGUACAUGUUCCUGAGGAAACAACAAUUUUGUCAACAAUAAAAAAUGAGCUUACCAAGAAGAAACCAGCAGUCCCAAGCAAACCCCCAGAGAAAUCAAGAAAAGCCAAAAAAGCACUUCAGCAACAUAUGGCUACUGUAGCUCUAAUUAAGUCUGGAAAUGCUAAAUAGAAUGCACUAUGUAGAUAUUUUAGCUGUAGGUUACCUACUCUACUAGUAAUUUUUUUAAAAAAUAAGCCUAAUGUAUUUAUACUUUGUAUGUUUUGCUUAUUUUGUACACACAUACCAGUAAUUAAUAUAUGAGUUGAGCCUUCA